AUGAUUACAUCACAAGUCGUUGUUUAUUCUCAACAUGGAGAACCUAAGGAUGUAUUAAAAACUCAUACUUAUGAAAUUGAUGAUGCCAAUAUUGGUGAAAAUGAAAUAAUUGUUAAAACUUUAGCUGCUCCUGUCAAUCCUUCUGAUAUUAAUCAAAUUCAAGGUGUAUAUCCAUCUAAACCUGAAAAGACAACUGCUUUAGGUACUAGUGAACCAAGUGCUCCAACUGGUAAUGAAGGUUUAUUUGAAGUCAUUAAGGUUGGUAAUAAAGUCACUAACUUCAAAGUUGGUGAUUGGGCAGUUCCAGCUCAAGUCAAUUUUGGAACUUGGAGAACUCAUGCUUUAGCUAAAGAUACUGAUUUUCUUCAAUUACCAAACCCUGACCAAUCUAAGGCCAAGGGUAAAAAAUCUGGAUUAACCAUUAAUCAAGGAGCAACUAUUUCUGUUAAUCCUCCUACUGCUUUACUUAUGUUAACUCAUUUUGUGAAAUUAACCCCUGGUAAAGAUUGGUUUAUUCAAAACGGUGGUAAUUCAGCAGUUGGUAAGUAUGCUAUUCAAAUCUCAAAAUUAUUAGGAUUUAAUUCACUUUCUGUUAUUAGAGAUAGACCAAAUUUACAGGAACUUAAAGAUGAAUUGAACAGCCUUGGAGCUACACAAGUUAUUACAGAAGAAGAAAAUGCAUCUAGAGAUUUUGGUGCUACUAUUAAAGGUUGGACUAAAGAUACAGGAGGUGAGAUUAAAUUGGCACUUAAUUGUGUUGGUGGUAAGAAUUCUACCGGUAUAGCAAGAAAAUUAGCUAAUAAUGGUUUAAUGUUAACUUAUGGAGGUAUGUCAUUCCAACCAGUUAUUUUACCAACUUCAUUACAUAUUUUCAAAAACAUUACUAGUGCAGGAUUCUGGGUUACUCAAUUAUUAAAGGAUUCAGAAUUAAAAACUAAAACAUUAAAUCAAAUUGUUGAAUGGUAUGAAGAUGAAAAAUUAAAAGAUGCACCAGCUAUUCAAACAAAAUUUGAACAAGGAGGUGAAAAACAGUUACAUGAAGUAUAUCAGGAAGCAGUUGCUAACUCUAGUAAUGGUAAGCAAUUAAUUACUUUCUAA